AACUUCUGACCAUGGGGGACUGGAACUUGUUGGGCAGCAUCCUUGAAGAAGUGCACAUCCACUCCACCAUAGUUGGCAAAAUCUGGCUCACAAUCCUGUUCAUAUUCCGGAUGCUGGUGCUGGGAGUGGCUGCUGAAGAUGUCUGGGACGAUGAGCAGUCCGAGUUCAUCUGCAACACAGAGCAACCUGGCUGCAACAACAUCUGUUAUGACAAAGCCUUUCCCAUCUCUUUGAUCAGAUACUGGGUUCUACAGAUCAUAUUUGUCUCCUCCCCAUCAUUAGUGUACAUGGGCCAUGCACUCUAUAGGUUAAGGGCGCUUGAGAAAGAGCGACAGAACAGGAAAGCUCACCUGCGGGCUCAGCUGGAAGACCUGGAGCCCAUGCUCGAGGAACACAGGAGAGUAGAGAGAGAACUGCGUAAGCUGGAGGAACAGAAGAAAGUGAAUAAGGCACCCCUGAGAGGGUCCCUGCUGCGCACCUAUAUCCUACAUAUCCUGACCCGGUCAGUGGUCGAAGUGGGCUUUAUGAUAGGUCAGUAUCUUUUAUAUGGGUUUCACAUGUCCCCUCUUUACAAAUGCACUCGGCCCCCAUGCCCUAACACGGUGGAUUGUUUUGUGUCCCGACCCACAGAGAAGACCAUCUUUAUGGUUUUCAUGAACAGCAUCGCCGCCGUCUCCCUCUUCCUCAACAUCCUAGAAAUCGCCCACCUGGGCCUCAAGAAGAUCCAGAAGAGCCUCUGCGGGCAGCCGCAGUGGUCGGCAGGCCUCGCCGAGGAGGAUCCCAGCCUGUACAACUCCAAGAAGAGCUCCGUGGUGCCGUCGCCGCCCCGCCUGGCCAGCAACGCGGCCCCGCCGCGCCCCGCGCCCGCCCCGCUCCCGCCACCGCCGCCCGCGCCCGGCGCCCCCGGCCCGCCGCCGACCCGGCAGCACCGCGGGCAGCUCCGGGGGACGCCGCCGCCCCGCCGCCGGCACCACGGACAGCACCAGCCCUCCUCCAGCAGCGAGGAGGCGCCGCGGGCCGCCGCGCCGGGCGGCGGGGCAGGGGCGGCGGGGGCGCCGGCCGCCGCCCGCCGGGUGCCCCGCAGGCACAGCCGGGCGAGCGCCUGCCGCGAUCUGGAUGAGGAGCGCGGCGACUCCCCGGACAGCGGGCACUGCCCAGGCACGCGCAAGUCCAGCUUCCUCUCCCGCGUCCUCACCGGGAGCCGGGCGGGCAGCGACAGCGAGGGCACCGCGUCCCGCGGCGGCUCCGGCCCCGGCUCCGGGUCCGCGUCCGGCUCUGAGGGGAAGCGCCGCGAGGAGGGCGCGCCCAGCCCGCCGCCCGCCGCCAAUAUGGGACGCCGCGUGUCCAUGAGCAUGCUCCUAGAACUAUCGUCUAUCAUGAAAAAGUAAUGACAUUCUAAGGAGAAGAAAUAAACUAAGGGACUGAGCACAAACUGCCUUCAGUAGAGAGAUAAAAGCAGAUUUUCUGUUGCUAUGUUCCUCUCUCCCGCUGCUAUAAUGCCAAAUUCACAAUAACACUUUAAAAAAGCAAACACUUUAUUCCUCCAUUUUACACCAAUCCCAAUCGUACUGCACUCUGACUGUUGAUGGGUAGCUCACUCCACAACUCAAGAUUUUUCUCACGUAGACUGAGCUGGACCUGGUCAGUGUGUGCUGCCAAUGCAAAAACAGCCUUGUGUUUUCGGGGGAACAUUUUGGGAUGUACAAGUUGUUGUGCAUGCUAGUAGUGUUCAUAUCAGAAACCAGCCUGAUCCACAGACCUUCAAGGCACUUUAAGACCCAAGGCACCCAAGAAAGGAUUAGUUUGAUUUGAAAGUAACCUGGAGGCUACCGGCCUCUAUCUCCCCAGACUUCAGCAGCCGAUGAAUAAAAAGAUGGAGGAAAGACUCGUGGAAUCUGAAAGGACAAAGAAUUUAAGAGAGAGAAAAAAACAACUGAAGAAUAUCUGCUGCUCCUCUGCGUGUGCUAAUGCAAUCCUCAAGCUCUGAUAGAGACUUUCCAUACUAACGUAGCCUUCUCAUAGCUAAAGCUUUUGGCUCCAAAAUUGAAACUGAGAUACCAGGCAACUUACUCUAAGUGCAAAACAUCCGUACUUUUCAGUUUUCUGUUCAAGAAAAUCUGCAAGGUAUCACAUCAGAGUCAUGAAAAUCUUAUUUGUUUCACUGUCUCAUUAACUCAUACAGAAGAACCAAAACACAAGCAAAACCAAAAAGAGCUCAUUUUCAAUUUGCUAGGACAUCCGAGCUCUGGAAGGUUGGAUUUCUGGGUAAUACACAAGGAAGCAGCCCAAGAAAGCAGUCCUUUCACUCAUGUACCUGGAAAAUAAAGCACCUUCUUCUGACUGUCCCUGAUCCUGUUUCUGGCCACAUACUUUAGGCUGCUUUUAUUUGUCAAGCUUAUCACAGUUCACAUUUGCUAUCACCUCAGCAGCAAGUGAUGCUUGGAACAAACUCAUUUGCUAUGCAGCUUUCCCAAAGCAUAAAAAUUCCCUAUCAUUUGACAACUCUAAGGCAAGGCUAGCAGAAAGCAGGACAGCAGGAAAAUAAGUCAAGCAUAAAGAUUGCAGUGUCGUUUUUUUUCUUGUGCACACGAUUUACAUUCAUAUUCUGCCUUACUAGAAACACUUUGACAAUUUGCUUGUGCAUUUGUUUAGUAUUUUAAGGUAAAAAAAAAAAGAAAUACUUGAGACAGUGGCUAUUAAGUGCCAGCAACAACUGAUCAGGGAUGGAGAAACAGCUUUGCUAAAGUACAUUCUCUACUGCCAGGCUGUAUAGAUGCAGUGGAUACAACAUCUUCUGACAGAUUUGAGGGGGUGGGAAGCUUUCUUCAUAUAGGUUCAGUGGGAAGACUCAGAAAACCGAGUAACUCUGGAAAAUAACAUGUUUGAUUUUCUUCCCUGAGAAUUUUCAGACUGAAAAAUCGCAGGCAACUUUCACAGCUGCAGAUGGAGGAGGAUGCAGCUUGUAUCCCUCAGGUUAGUGGCCUAGGGAAUGUGAUUUAGGGUUUCCUGUCUGGUGAUAAAAAAGCCUCGGGACCUCCCUCUAGCAGCUUGCCCUCCUUCCCACUCCAUGGAGCAUCAUCCCACCAAGUCUGUGGACUGGGGUAGGACAACUGGUCAUGCCACUUCCCCCUUGCUGGGUCUCCUCCUGCAAGCCGAUGAGCAGACUC